AUGCAGUAUUUCCUUUGUGCAACAUCUUCAACAUUGGCACUCAUACAACUUCAGAAAGCAGCAUGGACUUCUGACGAGAAGAGCCAAACAUACCCGCUAAAAGCUAUGAAAGGCAGCAACGAAGCUAGACUGCAUUAUCGUUCUGAUAAGGUUACAAUCGAGCGCAAUGAAGUAAUAUGUGAGUAUAUAUCCAAGAAGCUCACUCAAAAGUUCUCUCCUCACUCUGUUUACCCAAUACCUUCAGUGGGGUAUGCAGGUUCGAGACCCACCACGAUAAAAUUUGAAGAAUGGUAUUUGGUAUUCGUGCCCCCCCACAAAGAGGAGCUAAACCUUUUUAAUCUCUCAGUGUUUUUAUCUCAAAAAGCUGCUCCCACGGUUUCGUUUGUUUAG